CAUAAGCGCUUAGGAUAUCCAAAUUCUAUUGUGUUAUCUCAUUUAUCAAAUUUAGGUUUAUUGGGGAACAAAAAUCAAUUUUCCACUGCUUCCUUUGAUUGUUCCACUUAUAAAUUAGGCAAGAGUAAAAUUCUUCCUUUUCCUAAUUUUGGUAGUCGUGCUACAAAGUGUUUUGAUGUCAUUCAUAGUGAUGUUUGGGGUAUUUCACCAAUUGUUUCUCAUGCUCAUUUCAAGUACUUUGUGACAUUUAUAGAUGAUUAAAGUUGAUUUACGUGGGUAUAUUUUCUUCGUUCCAAAUCUGAGGUAUUUUCCAUAUUCAAGAUAUUUUUGGCCUAUAUUGAAACUCAAUUUUCUACUUGCAUCAAAUUAUUGAGAUCUGAUUCUGGUGGAGAAUAUAUGUCUUAUGAGUUCAAAAUUUUUUUGCUUGAAAAAAGAAUUGUCUCACAAUGCUCUUGUCCAUAUACACCACAACAAAAUGGGGUUGCUGAACGUAAAAAUCAUCAUCUUUUAGAUGUCACUCGUACUUUAUUGAUUGAGUCCUCUGUUCCAUCUAAGUAUUGGGUGGAAGCUUUGUCUACUGCUGUUUACUCAAUUAAUAGACUACCAUCUAAAGUCUUAAAUCUUGAAUCUCCAUAUUUUCGUCUUUAUCACAAAAAUCCAAGCUAUGAUAAGUUUCAUACAUUUGGUUGUAUUUGUUUUGUGCAUCUUCCUUCUUCUCAGCAUAAUAAACUUUCCGCUCAGUCUACUAAAUAUGUUUAUAUGGGUUAUAGUACUUCACAGAAAGGUUUUCUCUGUUAUGAUCCAUGUUCUAAUAAAUUUCAUGUUUCUAGAAAUGUUGUUUUCUUUGAGAAUCAGUAUUUUUUUUCUACUUAUGUUGAGUCAUCUCCUGCUUCUCUUCUUUUUCCUACUUUUGAGGAUUUGUUAUCUUCUUCUAAGAGGUUCAAACCUGGAUUUGUGUACGAACGUCGGCGGCCAACUUUACCCCCUCCUGAUAUUGAUUCGCCACCUGAAACUGCUACACAACUAGAAUCUGAGAAUUCUUCAAGGCCUGCUCCUCUUGAGCCCACUCGGCGAUCUACGAGAGUAUCUCGUCCUCCUAAUUGGUAUGGCUUUUCAUCUACUUUAUCUACCAUUUCUGUUCCAACUUGUUACUCACAAUCUUCCAAGCAUGAAUGUUGGCAAAAGGCAAUGGAGGAAGAACUUUUGGCUCUUAAAGAAAAUGACACAUGGGAUAUUGUUUCAUGUCCUUCAAAUGUCCAUCCAAUUGGAUGUAAAUGGGUUUAUUCAAUUAAAUUUCAUUCUGAUGGAACUCUUGAUCGGUACAAAGCUCGGUUGGUUGUUCUUGGUAACAAGCAGGAGUAUGGUGUGAACUAUGAAGGGACUUUUGCACCGGUAGCAAAAAUAACGACGGUGCGAACUAUUAUUGCCAUUGCUGCUUCACAAAACUGGACGAUUCAUCAAAUGGAUGUCAAGAAUGCUUUUCUUCAUGGUGAUCUCAAAGAGUAUUUAUAUGAAACCUCCACCAGAGAGUCUUUGAUAUCUUGGAAGAGUAAGAAGCAAGACUGCGUGUCAAAAUCUUCAACAGAGGCUGAAUAUCGAGCAAUGUCUACUGCUUGCUCCGAGAUUAUGUGGCUUCGUGGACUACUUGCUGAGAUUGGAUUUCCUCAAUCUAAUCCUACCCCUCUCCAUGCUGACAAUACAAGUGUUGUUCAGAUUGCUAUUAAUUCGGUUUAUCAUGAGCGGACCAAACACAUCGAAGUAGACUGUCAUUAUAUACGAGAAGCUGUAGAUAAAGGUGCCAUUACUCUUCCGCACGUGUCCAGUGAUCUUCAAAUAGCUGAUGCAUUUACAAAAUCAAUGGCACGACAACGACAUCAGUUUCUCAUCGGCAAAUUGAUGCUUCUUGAUCUACCAGCAUCAAUUUGAGGGGGAUGUUAGCAUGAUGUAAAUAUUGUAUAUUAAUGUAAUCAUAUAUUGUUGUAUAUUGGUGUAAUUACAUAGAUUUGAUUUAGUAGUUAAAGAGAAUAAUAGUGACUUUAGUAAGAGCAGAUUUAGUGGGAUAGAAUAGCGGAUUUAGAGGGAUAGAAAAACUGAUCUUUAGGGAUAGGAAAAUGGAUCUUUAGGGAUGUAAUCAUUGAAUAUUUUCUAUUUAAUGACAAGACUCUCAAUAUUGAGAGACAUUCAGCAGAAAAUUGAUAAUGAUGACACUUAUCGCGGCUAAGCCUUGACAAGUAAGUCAAUCACCAAACUGAUAUGUAAAUGAAAUUCGCAACACAAAACCCAUGGCAAGACUCCUAGAAUGAAGUCAAGCCAUAGUUACAUAAAAGAUAGCUGAAGUCUAAAUCACAAUAAUACCAUAAACCAUCUCAAAAUUUGGUGUCGCAGUGUAAGAUCAAUUUUUUUUUUUUGAAAUUGGUAAUUGUACCGUGUAAGAACAAUCUAAAUACAUCUCAAAAUCUGAAAAUACAACUGAGAGUUCGAACAACAAGUCUGUCUCAGAAUCCAAAAUAAGACAAACUCGAGUGGCCACUACCUCGAUGUAUCACAAAUCUCCGCACGAACUCAGCUGCUGCGAGGCACACUCAUACCUGGAUCUGCACCGAAUGGACAUAGUAGGAAUGAAUACGGUCCACUUGUGCUCAGUAGGUAUCAUAGGCCGACCGAGCAAAGUAGAAAAUAGGGUAUAAAAAUACAUACUAUGAGCACGUCACCUGCAAGCAGAAAAUGUCCCAAACGGUAGCUCACACCAUCUCUACUAAAAAUUCUAAAAUAGCGCAUAAACAGAAGAUAGAUACAUAAAAGACAGAGAAAUAGGCAAUGCAACAGAUGAAGUACAUAAAUACAAUACUGAAGAUGCAUAAAUGGAUGAAAUGUAAUGAGGAUGAUAAUGAUGAUGAUGUGAUGUGAUCAAGGUUAUCACUUAACCUCCGUAUACACCUGCCGAGCAUUAUGCUUCCAGGUAGGACCCAUGGGGGGUU